GCGGUUGCCCCUUGCCCGCAUCAUCCCACCUCGCGAACGAGGACGGCUUCUAGUCCCUCGCCUACCCCGCCCCCGAACCUGGCGUCUGCCCUACCAACCGCAGCAGCGACACUAGAAUGGCCGCGGCGCCGUCAUCCCUCGCGUCCUCCCACCUCUCCCCAAUCGCGGCGGUGUCCACUCCCGCCGUCCCACAUCAGCUUCGCAUCGGCUGCUCCCGCCGCCGCGCCGGGCGCAUCGUUGCCAUGGCUGGAUCCGGCAAGUUCUUCGUCGGAGGCAACUGGAAGUGCAAUGGAACAAAGGACUCCAUUAGCAAACUUGUCUCUGAAUUGAAUGCUGCUACCCUUGAAACUGAUGUAGAUGUUGUGGUGGCACCUCCAUUUAUCUAUAUUGAUCAGGUUAAGAAUUCACUAACUGGUCGCAUUGAGGUUUCUGCUCAGAAUGUGUGGAUUGGAAAAGGAGGAGCCUACACCGGAGAGAUCAGUGCCGAACAACUGGUGGACAUCGGCUGUCAAUGGGUUAUUCUUGGACACUCUGAGCGUAGACAUAUUAUUGGUGAAAAUGAUGAGUUUAUUGGAAAGAAGGCUGCAUAUGCAUUGAGCCAAAAUGUUAAGGUUAUUGCCUGCAUAGGAGAGCUGCUGGAAGAGAGGGAAGCAGGCAAAACUUUUGAUGUAUGUUUUAGGCAGAUGAAGGCUUUUGCAGAUAGUAUUUCAAACUGGGCAGAUGUUGUAAUUGCAUACGAGCCUGUUUGGGCUAUUGGAACCGGAAAAGUUGCUACUCCUGAACAAGCCCAGGAAGUUCAUGCUGCUGUACGCAAUUGGCUGAAGACCAACAUAUCACCCGAUGUUGCCUCUAGCACUCGAAUAAUCUAUGGAGGUUCUGUGAAUGCAGCCAACUGUGCGGAGCUAGCAAAGAAAGAAGAUAUUGAUGGUUUUCUUGUUGGUGGUGCCUCUUUGAAGGGCCCUGAUUUCGCCACCAUUAUCAACUCGGUGACCGCUAAGAAAGUUGCAGCCUGAUGAGCCCUGUCUGUUAGAAAUAAGUGGUCAUCUGUGUUUCAACCUCACCUGCCACGCCGUAAAGCCUGUAGGAGGUGAUCCGUGUGAUGGUGUGCCGUCACCUUCCUGCCUUUGCUGAUUUGCAGCACCACGGAAACAGAAAAUAACGCAAGAUGUCACAAUUUUUUUUUUGUUCUCGUAGUCCGUAGACCUUGUGUACGUUACGGGAGUUCAGUUGCACGUUGGCGAUGUACGUUUAGAAUAUUCUUUUGCUCUGUCCUUUUGUAAGGGGAAAAUAAUUUGUUGACAGACGAGGAGAAAUGAUAAGUGCUUUUUUUAUGCCUCGGUACUUG